AUGUCGUUCCCUACACCAUUCGGCCCGCUGGACGGCGUCGCACCCCUUCUCGUGUUUGCCAUGACUCAAACAGAGUGCCUGGCAGGAGCAAUAAAUCGAUACGAGUCGCACAACGUCCCACUCCCAGAGCAUAUUUCCUCAGCUAUGAACGCAUUGUCCCACCAUCUGCUGCUUCUCCGGCCCGCCGAUGGGCUGCCAAUUGUCCCAGCUCACGGCUUGGACAAACAACAAGUAAUCGAAAACAACCUCGAAAUUGCUUGGUACCUCGCAGCGAACAUUCUUUUCCACAAUCGAAUCAACAACAUCUCCAACGAGGGUGUUGCCGUUGCGGUGGAUGAAGUCUCGAUGUGUCUGCUCCGCGCCGAAUCGUUCAAAGAAGACCUGCAACCUGAGGUAAUUCUCCGAAAUUAUCCAGCUACCUUCCCAGCUUUUGUGGCAGCCUGCAAUGCCAUUUACGACCGUGAGGCUUGGGAGUGCUGGUGGACCGCAAUGCAGAGAUACAACUGCCCAAAGAUCAGGGCACAGUGGAUGGUUAUUCAGAUGAUCUGGAAAUUCACAGAUGAGCUACGUGAGGCAGAGGAAUAUGAUUUGAGCUGGGUUGAGAUCCUCCAAGGGUCUGGGAGCAAAAGUUUGUGGACUCUGUUUGAAGAGCUUGGUUUUUAUUGA